CCCGUCUCCCUUUGCAGAGCCACACUCGUCUCCUCAAUUUCUCUGCUACAAACUCUCUGCCCAUGGAUUCCGAUCGUUCUCCGAGCCACAAGCCUCGUCCUAAACCCACCCAACUCCUCUCCAGCGCCAAAGUGGUGGCCGGCGCCGCCAAGUCCGCGCUCCGCCACGACGCCGACAAGAUCGACCGGGCCGAGGUCGCUUCCGCCGCCGCAGACCUGAUCGGCGCCGCCUCUCACUACGCCCAUCUCGAGGAGAAGCAAUUCGGGAAGUACGUGGGGAAGGCGGAGGAUUAUCUCCACCACUACCACUCGUCCCAUUCCGCCACCGCCACCGCCACCGCCCACUCUUCGACGGCCGCGGCCGCGGAUUCUUCUUCAGCUAACCUCGGCGGCAGCGGCGAGGGGCAUCACGCCGGAGGCGGCCUCGAGGACUACUUGAAGAUGGCCCAAGGUUUCUUGAAGAAGCAUUGAAUUUGGUUGUUUUGUGAAUUUGAUCGAUUAUUGAGAAAUAUAUAGAUUUCAAUGAUCAUCCGAAGCGCGUAUUCAUUCA